AUGACAGGAGAAGUCCUCUGCUCUGACACCACCACACGCCAGAACCUGAUCUUUGACAUGGAGGGCAGAAUACCUAAAAACAGCGAAGUGACAAUGGCUGAACUAAAACUCUUCAAAAAGCCUCUGGACAAAGCAAACCUGCCUGCCAAGCCGUCUCACAGACCUGUCUCCAAUGCCAGGGUCAGUGUGUACUGGGUGCAACGGCAGCAGGAUGGUACCAACAGGACGUCUCUGAUAGACUCCAGGCUGGUUGCUAUACGAGAGUCAGGCUGGAAGAACUUCGACGUGACGCAGGCCGUGCAUUACUGGCUGCGAAACAAGAGACAGGAGCCAAUGUUCCUGGAGGUCUGGAUUGAAGGAGAAAGAGUGGGCAGACACGCCUCGGAAAUGGCCAAAGCCGUGCGUUUCACCUCUCAGGACCCCAAGGAUAAAGCCCUAGGCAAACCUGAACUUGUGCUUUACACCCUCAACUUGGAAGACUAUGGGGGCCCCGGGGACUGUAAGGAGGAGGCGGUGUCGGGGAAGUCCACCUGCUGCCGGCAGAAACACUACAUCAGCUUCCGUGAGCUCGCCUGGGCUCGCUACUGGAUCAUCGAGCCAGCGGGCUACCAGGCUUACCGCUGCUCGGGGGGCUGCCUGCAGCCCCCCGGCCUGCUGCGGCGCUUGGGCUACGGGGAGCGCGUCUGCGCCGUGGCGGAGAGCUCCCCGCUCCCCAUGAUCUACCUCGUCAGGAGGGGCAACCGCACCGAGAUCGAAGCCGCGGAGUUCCCCAACAUGGUCGUCGAGAAGUGCAGCUGCGUCACAGGUGGCAUGGCACUGGUGUGA